UUCCUGUUGCUCUCGAUCUCCGAAAUUCUGUCUGGAGUUAGCGGAGUUUUUCAAAGGGAACGACCAAAAUUAUUCCAACUUAUUGGUUUAACUUAAUAUUUUUCGGUGGACGGUGAGUCCAUGCUUUGAAAGAGGAAGGAAUGCUGAGGUGAGACCGGCGGAGGCCAAUAGCGCCGGAAGAGAUGGACUCCUUGUCGUCGGCGAUGCAGCCCAGACCGCCCGAAACCUGGGAUUCUAUGCUACCCGGCCCUGCAAACCGCAGCAACGGCGGCGCGGCCGAUUGCAGCCCUGCUGGGCUUCUUGCGUACGGCGCUGGUAGCUCUGUCGUAAUCGUCGACCCUAGAUCCAUGCAACUCGUCUCUGUCCUUCCCAUGCCCUCCACUGCCCCUCAAUCCUUUGGCUCCAUUACCGCUCUUACUUCUGCCCUCGCUCUUGCUCCUUUCGUCACCUCCGUCCGAUGGAGCUGCCAAACAGUCUCCCGCGAUCUGUCCAUUGAAGAUGACCCGUCCAACUCCCACCUCAGCCUAGCCGUCGGGGACCGCCAGGGUCGCAUUGCAAUCUGGGACUUCCGAUCCCGCUCAGUUUUCCUCUGGCUUGAGCUCGAUCAUUUCUCUCAUGGAGACCGUCCCAAGCUAGGUAUCCAAGAUCUCUGCUGGGUCAGGUCGAACUCCUGGCUCGUUGCCGCCAUUCAUGGUCCCUCCCUCCUUGUUCUAUGGAAUGCUGCCACUGGUCGCUGCCUCUGGAAGUACGACACAACGCCGGAGUACCUUGUGUGCAUUCGGCGCGAUCCAUUUGACUGGCGGCACUUCUGCGUUCUCGGCCUUCGAGGAUUCUUGCUCUCCGUCAUCGUACUUGGGGAGGGUAACGACGACGUGUCUCUUCAGGAGCAGCAGAUCCCUGGAGUGAGGGACUCUAUUGACGUUCAGAAAACUGAAAAGGAGUCCUCGGCGGGGUCAACAGCUCCGGCACUGGCGGUCUUCCCCCAGUUCUAUGCGCGGUUGUGCUUCUCUCCGAGAUGGAGGCACAUUGUCAUGGUGACAUUCCCAAAGGAUCUCAUUGUGUUUGAUCUUCAGUAUCAGGCCUCACUGUUCUCUGCGCCGUUACCUCGCGGGUGCAGCAAGUUCAUGGACGUGCUGCCUGAUCCGGACAUUGACCUGCUCUACUGUGUUCAUCUGGAUGGGAUACUCAGUAUAUGGAAGCGCAAAGAAGGAGAACAGGUGUAUAUGCUGCGUACAAUGGAAGAAUUAAUGCCCUCCAUUGGUACUUCUAUUCCUUCCCCAACAAUUCUUUCUGUUGUUCUCUGCCAAUCAGAAUCUGCUUUUCAGAAUGUUGGCAGUUUUUCCAUUGAUUCAUCUUCCACAUCUUCAAUUGUUGAUUCUUCGACAUCUUUAAAUGUAUUUGGAGGGAUGGAUAUUGUUGCAAGGACGACAUUGAUCUCUAUCUCUGAUGAUGGUAAAAUUUGGAAUUGGCUUAUGACUUCUGAGAAGGCAAGAAAUAUCGGGUUGGGUUCCUUAAGUUUUGACAGUGCUGCUGUUGCUGGAGAAGGGUCCCUUAUGGAUGCACAUUCUGGAACAACUAGUAAUUAUUCUACUAUAUCCCAAUCAAGUAACGUCAAAAACUCAGAGCAUACUAACUCCACUAAUGUAUCGAAGGCUGGUAUUAUUGAUUCCAUAUCUUCAACGAAGAUUGGUUUGGUUGGUCAACUUCAUCUUCUUUCAUCUACUGUGACAACUCUAUCUGUGCCUUCACCUUCUUUACUUGCCACUUUGGCUCGAGGAGGAAACAGUCCCGCAGCAGCUGUUCCACUUGUUGCUUUAGGAACACAAAGUGGUACUAUUGAUGUCAUUGAUGUUUCAGCCAAUGCAGUUGCUGCUAGUUUCUUUGCUCACAAUGGCGUCAUCAAGGGAUUGAGAUGGCUUGGGAAUUCUCGCCUCGUGACUUUCUCAUUCAACCAGGUUGAUGAGGAUCAUACAAAUUAUCCGAAGAAAAACAAAGCUCAUGACAUUGAUGUGAGCUCCGUGCAGUGGAAUCUGAAGGCAAAUGACAGAACAGGUGGUUAUGUUAAUAAACUGGUUGUUACUUGCCUUAGGAGUGGACUUAAUCGUGCAUUUCGAGUCCACCAUAAGCCAGAGCGUGCUCCUAUAAGGGCUUUGAAGGCUUCUUCAUCGGGAAGGUAUCUUCUCAUAUUGUUUCGUGAUGCUCCUGUUGAAGUAUGGGCUAUGACGAAGACUCCUAUCAUGAUUAGAUCGUUAGCCCUUCCGUUUACCGUAAUGGAGUGGACUCUGCCCACUGUAACUCGUCCACCUUCUACAAACUCUUCAUUUCCAUUCAAGCCACCUGCUGUAACUUCAACUACUAAUGCAUCUUUUAGCGAAUCAAAGAUUGCAAGCACCGAUAGUAGUGGUGAUGACCUAUCUGAGAGUUUUGCUUUUGCAUUAGUCAAUGGUGCACUUGGAGUAUUUGAAGUACAUGGAAGGAGGAUACGGGAUUUUAAACCAAAAUGGCCUUCAUCUUCAUUUGUUUCUUCCGAUGGGCUAGUGACUGCAAUGGCAUAUCGCCUUCCACAUGUGGUGAUGGGAGAUAGAUUAGGCAGCAUACGCUGGUGGGAUGUGACAACUGGUCUUUCAUCUUCCUUCAAUACUCACAGAGAUGGAAUUAGAAGGAUAAAAUUCUCCCCUGUUGUUCCUGGAGAUCGUAGCAGAGGACGCAUCGCUGUUCUUUUUUAUGAUAAUACCUUUUCAAUCUUUGAUCUUGACACAUCAGAUCCUUUAGCCUUCGCUCUUCUGCAGCCACAAUCCACUGGAACGCUUGUUCUGGAACUUGAUUGGCUACCAAUGAGAACCAAGAGAGAUGAACCACUUGUAUUGUGUAUUGCUGGGGCUGAUAGCAGUUUUCGCCUAAUCGAAGUUGGCGUCAAUGAUAUUAAAGCAAGUUCAAGUUCCAAGGGUAUAUUUCUGAAGGAGAGAUUUCGACCAAUGCCACUGUGCUUGCCUGUUUUAUUUCCCACGGCCCAUGCCUUGGCUCUACGAAUGAUUAUUCAAUCAGGCGUAAAAUCCUCUUGGUUCAGUUUGUUCAGUGCACAUAUGGAUACCUCACUUGGAAAUAUUCCUGAGAUUGAAACAACUUCCGGAGAUCUUCGUGGUUAUAUUAUUGAGUCAAAGCUGCCUUCUGUUGGUGAUUCAGUGGUCCCUGAAUUGCUUUUGAAGGUCUUAGAACCAUAUCGAAGAGAUGGCUGCAUACUUGAUGAUGAAAGAGUUCGUUUAUAUGCUUCUCUUGCAAAUAAAGGUUUUGCUGCAAGAUCUGCCUUCGCCGCGGCAAUCUUUGGAGAAUUUUCUGAGGCUCUAUUCUGGUUACGGCUGCCUCAUGCUCUUUCUCAUGUUGUAGAUAAAUCAGCAAAGAAAUGCUCCCAGGAGGCUUCUCAAUCACUAUCAGAGACUGAAAGUAUAGCAAUGUUAAAUAGGAUAACAUCAAGGGAAAAAUAUGUUCCAGGCAGUAGGAGAAAAGAAACCACGAAAAUUGGGCAACUAAAUUUGAUGGCCUUUAAGCAACAGGAAUUGCGGGCUAAUGCAAAUGAGAGGAUUCUAUGGCAUGAGAAGUUAGAUGGAGAAGAAGCAAUUCAGAAGCACGUGCAUGAGCUUAUCUCCGUUGGAGACUUGGAAGGCGCUGUUGCUUUACUGCUCUCAACCCCUCCAGAAGGAUCUAAUUUCUAUCCAAAUGCUCUGCGCGCAGUAGCACUGUCUUCUGCUGUCUCAAGUUCUUUGCACGAGCUUGCUGUGAAGGUUGUUGCAGCCAAUAUGAUUAGGACUGACAAAUCAUUGUCAGGGACUCACCUUCUCUGUGCUGUUGGCAGACAUCAGGAAGCUUGCUCUCAGUUACAAGAUGCUGGAUGCUGGAUCGAUGCUGCAACUUUAGCUUCCACCCAUUUGCAUGGAUCGGACUAUGCGAGGGUAUUGCAAAGAUGGGCUAACAAUGUUCUGCAUAAUGAACAUGACAUAUGGAGGGCUUUGAUUCUUUACGUUGCCGCGGGAGCGUUGCAUGAAGCAUUCUCAGCACUUCGUGAUGCGAAGCUUCCCGACACAGCCGCCAUGUUCUUGGUUGCCUGUCACGAGAUAUAUGCACAAAUGCGCUCUGAGUCGCACUGUUCUGACGAACAAUCUGAUAGGAUAGUUGAUGGUGAAACCAAAUUCAUUCUACCAUGUAAGAAUAUAGAUGAUGAUGAUGUGAAUGCAGUCAGCGACUUUUACGGGGAAUAUCAACGAAAACUUAUCCAUCUUUGCAUGGACUCAGUGCCUCUCUUCGACUGAGUAACUGCAAACAUUUAUAACUCGUUCAUCCCGCUUGAAGCAGCUUUUUGGAAAGAUAGUUCAACUCCUUGUUCGGAAAACUUAAGGAGAAACCGCUCAGCUCAUUUAUUGUGGAGUUCUCCAUUUUGCAAGCUUGGAGCUCUAAUCUGUUGCAUUUUUACCGAAGCUUUAUAUGGUAAGAAUACACUCCUUCCCAGCUUCUGCCAGUGGAUGUGUGAUCAUGAAUAUGUCGCAUUCUCGAAUUAAUUUGAUAAAAUUUUGAUGCUUAUACGAACAAUUGAUAUUAUUUGAUUUUUUUUUCUUUUAUAGAAUAAAGACACCCACGAUGCAUGAAGUAAAUUUCAUUCUUUUUGUGA